GUAUUGCCUGUGAAUCCAGCGGCUCUCUGUCGUGUUGUAAUGUGAAUGAGCCCAUUAUGUCCAGGUUGCCAUGGAGACCUGAAAGCUGCUUUGGGGCCCGUGUGUGUGAGAAUAGGGAAGAGUUAGUGUACGAGAACAAACCAGCCCGCACCGGACCGGGGCUUUCAACACUGCAUGAAGUGUGGCUUCGGUUCUGACGACGUUACAGUAUGUUCACUCUGUCUGAGCUGUGGUCGGGCGGCGAGCGUCAGGGCAGUUAUAAGCUUCUGAAGCCGUGGUGGGAAGUCUUCAUGGACUACUUGCUGGUGCUAAUGCUAAUGGUGUCUAUCCUCGCCGGGACUCUUCUGCUGUCCCGGGACGGAGUCGUGUGCGUCCCCGUUCACUCCUUCUCCACCAACUACAGCUCUACUAUGGAGCCCAUGUCUGAUUUCGUUUACACAGGUGCCAAACAGUCUCUCGGGAGUCCAGCAAAGGGGCGACGUACCAACUUGGACUUCCAGCAGUACGUCUACAUCAGCCAGGUUUGCUAUCACGAGGCGCUGCCCUGGUUCUCGCGCUUUCUACCGUACGUGACGCUGCUCCACACGCUGGUUCUGCUGGCUAGCGGCUGCUUCUGGUUCCACUUCCCGCUCACGUCCGCUCGUAUCGAGCACUUCCUGUCGCUCCUCGCCAAAUGUUGCGAAUCACCCUGGACGACAAGAGCGCUUUCGCACACGGCCAAACUGGACACUCGCUUUUCGGAGGCGGAGCAAGUAAUGCGACCCAAAGUUCAGGUAACAUCUUCGUACAAAAUGCGCAAGUCGAGUUUGGACUCGGGAACGGACAGCCCUCUGCUGGCGGGAACUGAUAGUGCAUCCACUACGACACAACCCUCUCCAUGUCCCUCCACUUUAUCCCACUGCUCCACGCUCUCCGCUCGGUCGCUCAAGGAGCCGCUUCUGCCGGCGCAAGUCGUCCCGGACGGGUCCAGACCGGGAGCCACAUUGGACCGCAGCGACAGGGAGCAGGCCAGAGCGCUGUUCGAGAGAGUGCGCAGGUUUCGCGCUCACUGCGAGAGUUCAGAUGUUAUCUAUAAGGUGUACACUGCUCAGACGGUGUUCAAGGUCCUGAAGUUCGUCCUGAUCGUGAGCUACACUACUCCUCUCCUGAGCUCCAUCUCUUUCAGUCACGUCUGCCAGCUUCACUCUCACGCUCUGACCGGCUACAGCCUCUUCCAGUGCAGUCACUCGCUGUCCUCCGUCCUGCGCAAGCUGAUGCAGGCCUACAUCUCGCUGCUGUUUCUGUUUGGCCUGCUGGGCGUCUACGCCCUCUUCUGGAUCUUUCACAAGUCUUUGAGGCAGUACUCUUUCCAGAGUCUACGUGAGAAAGGAUCCAUGCUAGACGCACCUGACCUUCACAAUGACCUGGCGUUCCUCUUGCACAUGGCCGACCAGUACGACCCUCUGCUGUCCCAGCGCCUGUCUGUGUUCCUGUCGCCGGUCAGCGAGACUCGCCUGCUGGAGGAGAGCCUGGAGCGGCGCUGGGGAGCCGAACGCUUGCGGUCGAUGAUCACGAGUGACACGCAGGGCCGAUCUCUGCUGCAGCUCGUGGCUCUUCCUCGCCUGCCGCCGGCCCUCUUCACCCUCAGCCAGUUACAGGUGUUGAAGCUGGAGCUGAUUGGAGACGCCAAACUCACAGCACAGAUAUCUAACAUGACCGCACUCAGGGAGCUGCACCUCUACCACUGCACUGCCUCAGUGGAGCCCGCAGCCCUGCAACACCUUCAGGAACACCUGGAGACCCUGCACCUCACCUUCACCCACGCCUCCGAGAUCCCGGCCUGGGUCUACUCCCUCCGCGGCCUGCAGGAGCUGCACCUGAGCGGGAGGUUGAGCAGCGAGGGCGGGAUGGGGCGCGGCUGGGCCCUCAUGAGCCUCCGACAGCUGCGGCACCUGCGCGUCCUGGUGCUGCGCGGCGCGCUCCAGACAAUCCCGGGGGAGCUCAGUGAUUUAGCCGGGAGUCUGGUAAAACUGGAGAUAUACAAUGAGGGCACUAGGUUGUUGGUGCUUACGGGACUGAGGCGCUUAACCGGAUUAGCAGAGGUGCAGCUGAACGGAUGCCAGUUGGAAAGAUUGCCAUCAGCGCUGCUAGCGCUCACAGGUCUACGUAUUUUAGACCUGCAACACAAUAGCCUGCGUACCUUAGAGGAGCUGUUGGGAUUGCAGCAUCUGCGCCGUUUGUCCGGUCUACGACUUGCUUGUAAUCAGGUCUUGGCUCUUCCGGCUACUGUAGGAGUGCUGCGCUCGCUAGAGCUCUUGGAUUUAGCGCAAAAUCAGCUGCGAAACUUACCGUCGGCUCUCUUCACACUACGCAGACUGCGACGCCUCCUGCUGGCCGGGAAUCUUCUGGAAGUGCUUCCGGCGGAGGUCGGCGCUCUGACGCUGCUUAGCGAACUGGACCUCAGCGCUAACCGACUCGAACGCCUUCCCAAAGAGCUGUUUGGAAGCUGCGUAGAACUUCGCAGCUUGAACGUUGCGAAUAACUCGCUGGGAUCUUUGCCGGCGGGUCUGGGCGGCUUGACUCAGCUGUCCCGUCUGGAUGUGCGGGGAAACAGUCUGGAGGAGCUUCCCGUCGAGCUGGGGAGCUGUUUUGGGCUCCGUGGAGGCGGGUUUCUUGCGGAAAACUGGCUGAUGCACACCUUACCUCCGCAGGUCAGGGACGUCCUGCAGCAGACCGGCUCUUCUGAACCUCCGUCACGACCCAAUUCGGAUUGUUUUCCUAACUUUUCGACUGCGCAGUGGAGCUUUCACUCCGCACUGGAAUCUCGGAUAUAAAAAACGAUAGCUUCAAAGUGAACUUAUGGACUCUGGGGUUUGUUUUUUCAUAAACCAUAUUUUAACAACCCUUGUGGGAAAAGUAGUACACUUUGGUAUACCUUUAAAAAGAGUUCUUA